ACCCCUUGUCUCUAUUCCUUGCCUUAUCUUGUUCGCCCCUCUUGCAAGUCGCAAACAUCAACCUACGCCAACCUUCUCGCCUCGAUCUCAUUACCAUUCCUCACCAGUGGCCCGCGGUUUUGCGAUAAUGACCGCGUCCAUGGCGCUUUAAACGUCCAAAAGAACUUGAGUCGGGGGCCAUCGAGACCCGUUGGGGCCAGGAGAAAGCAUGCUGUCUACCUUGAUACGACCCUUCAAGGGUGCUGCGCGCAACCCAGACGACGGCGAUCUACUUGAGAGAAACUCGGAACCGCUACUACGACGUCCUGCUUCUGUCCGGAGUUAUACGCAACAUCGACACGCGACCGCCGACUUCACCGAGGCCGACGAUGACGAUGACGAGUCCGACGAUGCGAGACAACCACGCCAGAACGCUUCCAACCGAGGUACUGAGGAUGAAGAUGGUCUGAAUCAGGCAAUUGGUGUUCUGCCGCUCUUCUGUGCUGGGCACCUUGAUUCCCUUCCAAUAUAUAGCAUGACGCAUGCUAUCCGCAUUAUUGUUCAGGCAAGAACGGAUACGACCUUGACCUGGGAGCAGUUGAGGUCUCCCCAAGUGUUUCAAUUUCUGGUAAAGCCAAUGCAACAACAGAUUCGGUCCCAGCAUUUCUCAAGAGGAACUCUAUAUGCCUUGAUGGCAAACUGUCUUCAAUUCGAAAAGGAGUCUCAAGUUUACCCAGCAAACACUGGCACCAGCAGCACACGAGCCAAGGUCUGCGAGUUGCUAGCCAUCAAGCUACUCAAGGAAUACUCGACUCGGGAACUUGUUGAUGCCCUAUCCUAUGACUUUUAUCCUCUACAGGGCGUCACGGGAUUGCAUAUGCCGACCAAUUCGAAUAAGAGGGAGAAGCCGGCCGCCAUGAGAACAUCAACUCUCGAAGUCGCCAUACGAGCCUCGGCAAAACACUUCUUGUCCCAUCCUCUGGUCGUACAACAACUUGAGGCCAUUUGGAAUGGCGCCAUUAGCUUUUACUCUGCCGCAGAUCAGUUACAUCGUCGCACCUCGAUAGCUACCGAUUUAUCUUCCGCCCAGUCUCGCCGCCAAAGCACGGUACGAACACCACUCCUUGGUAGUCAGCAAGGCAAAGAGGACCGUCUCAGGGGCCAACCAUUGUCGCUGGGACGAAGAUCUGUUACGCUGUACGAUCCUCGUCAAGCCUCGGUUUUCAAACUCUCACGACUGAGGGUCCCACGAUAUCGCCAUUUUCUCUCUACCUGCUCACUGGGUGUUCUUCUCUGCCUGUUCAUGGCUGUUCUGAAUGAGAGAUCCAGCACAAUCACCACGCUGGAGUUGAUCUUCUGGUUCUGGAGCGCUGGGUUUAUGCUCGAUGAAAUCAUCGGCUUCAACGAGCACGGAUUCUCGCUCUACAUCAUGAGCUUCUGGAACAUUUUCGACCUGGGUAUCCUGUUGCUGUUGAUCAUCUACUACUGCAUGCGCAUUUACGGCGUAUUUCUUCUCGACCCACACAAGCUGAACGACAAUGCCUAUGAUGUACUCGCUGCUAUCGCCAUCCUUUUGCUCCCCAGGAUUUUCAGUAUAUUGGAUCACUAUCAGUACUUUUCACAGUUACUGAUAGCAUUCCGGCUCAUGGCUGUUGACCUAGCUGCGGUUUUCGUCUUGGUCAUUGUGGUCUGCUGCGGUUUCUCGGUGUUCUUCAUCUCCAAAAGCACGAACGAUCCGAGUGUAGUAGCAUACAGCAUGUUUCAGAUACUGGUGGGCUAUAGUCCGGCUGCCUGGGAAAUAUGGCCGGAUCAUAACUGGAUGGGGAAGAUGUUACUUGGCCUGUUUCUCAUCAUUUGCCACUUCGUGAUUGUGACACUACUUGUGACCGUGCUAACAAACUCAUUUAUGGCUAUCGCAUUGAACGCAAAGCAGGAGCAUCAGUUUCUCUUCGCCAUCAACACGAUUUCCAUGGUGAAAAACGACUCGCUUUUUUCAUACGUUGCACCGGUCAACAUUCUUGCAUGGGCAUUGACCCCACUAAGAUUUUUAAUGCCCAUGAGGCAGUUUGUCUGGCUCAAUCGCACCGUCAUCAAAGCGACUCACUUCCCCCUAUUACUCAUCAUUUUCAUUUACGAAAGGUUCAUUUUGGCCCCCUCUAUGUACGAGCCGACGGACCUGGUGGAAAAUCCAGGCCGCAGCCGUCACAGGGCGGUUUCCAUUGUAGACCCCGCAAGCAGGACAGCACUCUUCAGCCCGAGCCUUCGAAUUCGUGAAGAAUCGUUGGUGGGUUUUCAGAAGGAUCGUGCCUUGGAAGAGGUGUUCCGACGUGCUCCUGAUUCUGCAACUAUACGGACUCAACGACGUAACGAGCGUAGGAAGACGCAGAAUGCCAUCCGAACGUGGAUGGACCAACAAGAUGGGACGUUUACGUCUCCUCACGACUACGGUGCUGUUGACAAUAGACCGGCACAGGACUGGCAGAGGAGAAUGAGCAUGGUGAGGGAGCAACCAAAGAGGUUUUCAGGACAUGAUCCAGACACGAGAUCAACAGCAAGCGAUCCGGCCGAUAUGGUAUCUAAUGCGACAUUCCCGGCCGUCCCCGAAUAUCUCAACAAUGGCACUGUCCGACGGGAUUUUGCGAACGAGGCGAAGGAGAACACCGAUGCGGAAAACGGUGACGACGAGCUGGUUACAAACGACGAGUAUGAGGAGGACAAUGCAACUCACGACACCGAACAGGUACGAAACUAUAUGGAUGAAGGCCAGUCGACCGAGACAGGAGAGGACUACUUCACGACUUGGGUUCCGUCACGCUUCCAUCCGGGACUUACCUCAGCACAGAGAACGUCGGUCUCCCCACGUCCCGGAACGUGGCGACGAAUACCCAUGCACAACCGUACCAUGUCGAACAACACGAUGAUCUUUGCGCCUGCGCAGGAUCGGCCCCUUGAGAGUUCUUCUUCCGCAUCGAUGGACCCGUCAUUACCAUCUCAGUCUCGUCCCCACAGCACUCGGCAUGGCAUACCCGAAGGGUCGGUAACAAGUCCAGGCGCAGGUCUUCGUUCUCCACGUCGCUCCUUAUACUUGGCAUCCUCCCGCCCACAGAGCAUGGUGAUGUCGCCACGAGCUAUGGUCCGAAUCGCCCCAAACAACCGCUCGGCUCUGGCACUGGAAAUCCCAGAUAGCGCUAGUGGCACUCAUGACAGCCCGUCGUCCCAACGACAAUCAUCCGUCGAGCUGCCCAACUCCGCCGACCUUGACCCAUCAGCGCUCGGAGCUGGUUCUCAAGCGGGUAAUGACGUGAUGUCCAGUACCACUACGCUGGCUGCGGCCAUGCUUGAGAAGAGAUCCCAGCAAGAGCAGGACAGCAACCGGAUGAACAAGCUGAUGCUGGCAAAGAUGAAUCUACAGGCUAGUCUUGGCGAGGUGGUGCGCGAGAUGCAAGUCUUGAGGAGCACGGCACCUAGCACGGCUGGGAAUUCCGCAGACGAAGGUACAAGCAGUGGUAGCUAUUUGGCCAAAAAAGCGAUAAAACAGCAGCACCAGCAGCAGUACAGCACUCCGUCAAGGCGGGGGUCAGGAGAAGAGAGAAGGUCGUCCAGGUUGUCCAGCUCGGCUGGCUCGGCUGGCUCGACAAACAGAGAUAUGGCAAAUCGGGGGCUACGAAGGUCGUUCAGGAGGUUGGAGACUGCCACUAGAAUACCGACUUUGAGUGGGCACGAAACUACAGACAGAAGGGGGAAUUCGAAAGAAGAACACGAGGAAGAUGACAGCGACUAUUCGAAAAGCGAGGUGAACAACAAGAUCUUUGAGCCGAGGCACAACCGGAGGAGUAAAGGAAAGGGAAGAGUUGCUAUUGGAGCAGCAAUAGCAGCGGCAGCAGCAUCAUCGAAUUCAGAUGAGCGGGAGGACGACGAUCGUCGCCGUCAUCAGAUUGGUGGUGGUAGUUCGCUGGAUGAGCGCCACCAUCGCAUGGACGACUUGAUCAGGAGCGGUGAUUUUGCUCUGAAAGAAGGGGUAAAUUAAAAGGAAAGGGCAGGUUCGCUUAGGGAAAAGAAGGGUCGGAGUGAUUGAUUGAUAUCCUUUGCACAAUCUGCAUAUGCAUGUCUGAAUUAUGGUAUUUAUUUUUCUUUUCUUUUCUUUUCUUUUUUGGGUUUCUUUCCUAUUUCUCUUUACCGUCAUGUGGGUUUUUCUCUUUGAUGGGUUGGCAUUUUAUACUACCUAGGCACUAUUUGAGGGUAGUCGCUGCAUUGGUAAGGCGUUGAAAUUGAUGUUUUAGCCAGAAUGGCAUGUUAGUUGUUCAUAAUUGCAUGGUUGACAUGCAUGUGCUUAGCAUCUCUUUGAGUUUGGGCUUUUUGAGUUAUGUCUUGUUGCCAUUU